CCCUGUUUCGCGCGGAUCCCCCUUCCCGGGGGCUGGCAGUGAAGUGUGUGGUUGCCUGCAUCGAAAUACGGUAACUCGUGCGGUCGCCUGCACCAAAUUACGCUGUUGACAUUUCCUGGAGCAGUGUGGACCCUGCCUGUACAGGAUGGACCCUGUUGUUUUGAGUUACAUGGACAGCUUGCUGAGACGGUCAGAUGUUGCAUUGCUGGAUCCCCCAAGCUGGCUUAACGACCAUAUCAUUGGGUUUGCCUUUGAGUACUUUGCCAGCAGCCAGUUCCAGGACUUCUCUGAUCAAGUGUGCUUUAUUGGCCCUGAAGUGGCUCAGUUUAUCAAGUGCACCACCAGUCAAGAGGAAUUAGCCAUGUUCCUUGAGCCCCUGGACCUUUCCCACAAAAAGGUGGUAUUCCUGGCUAUCAAUGAUAACUCCAGUCAGGCUGCUGGUGGAACCCAUUGGAGCUUAUUGGGGUACUUCAGGGACAGAAACUGCUUUGCCCACUAUGACUCCCAUAGUAAGAGCAACUCAGUCCAUGCCAAGCAGGUGGCAGGGAAGCUGGAGGCUUUUCUGGGCAAAAGAGGAGGCAAAGCAGCUUUCAUAGAGGAGAAGGCCCCGGCCCAGCAGAAUAGCUAUGACUGUGGGAUGUAUGUGAUCUGUAACACAGAGGCUCUAUGUCAGGGAUACUUUAGGGGACAGCAAGAGCCAGUGCUGCAGCUGCUCACUCCCUCUUACAUCACACAGAAGAGAGCAGAGUGGAAAGCUCUCAUUGCCAAACUUGCACAAAAGUGACUUAGAUUUAAUUGCUCUCACCCCACCAACUGCCCUGCCUGUCCUCCAGCCUCCACCCCUGGUGCCUGAAAUGCCCCUGCGCAGAAUUUCUCUAAAGAACAUCAAAUCCUCAACUCCUCCCUUGUUUCCAGCAUGGCUACCCCCUGCACUGUACUGGUAUAAAAGCCUUGGCCUCUUCAAAAAUGCACUGGCCCUUGAGUCUGGCAAAUCACUUUGUGUUUAAAUGGAACCUUGUUAGCAAAGGCAGUUUGUUAUGCUUAAAGUCAUUUCUUGCUAUAUUAAAAUAGGUUAUAAAAGUUUCUUCCCUCAUCCUGGCAAGCAGCCUGCCCUCAACAGUACAAUACUAGCUUUCAUUAGCCCUUCACUGAUCCCAGCAAACACUUUAGUUUGUUCUUAAAAUUAAGCCUAGAGGUGUUUGUUUAAGUGUAAUUGUGGCUACUACAGGUUAUAGGAUUUAGUGGACUAGUGGUACGUUUGUGCUUGAAAGCGUAGUAUUGGGAAAUCUAUGAUCUGAGGAUACAAGUUACACUUACAGAAAUCCAGAGGUAAAACUGAAGUCCUUGUAGAAGUCUGUCAGAAAGUAAAGGACAAUGAUUUUUGGCUUUUACUGCUUUUUGGGAUGGGUCAGAUUAGCUUGCUCCCCCCACCUGUUUGAUUUACCUUAGAAAUUCACACUGUGCCUAUGUUGGCUGAUUCCAAACCACUGAAAAAUUAGGAGGGAAGUGAUAAUAUUAAAGGAAGCAAGGCCCUUCUUGUGCAUCAUAAAAAGAAGAAGUGGUCCUCAAUUUUAAGCAAUUACCAAUAUUUCAGAGAGGUUGAGAACAGUGGGAGCUACAGCACCUUGGAGAAUCAAGCUUGGUCCUUUAUAGACCCAAUUUCAUGAAACAAUUGGUUCUUCCAACAUAGGAAAGCUUUUGCUCUCACACUGGAUUAUAUCUGGGAUCUGCUCUUCUGGAUUCCAUGAACAGAUGAAGGGGAUGUUAGGGGGGAAAGAGCAAAAAGCAUCAUUGCUUAAUUAAAAAAAGAAAUAACCAAGGUGUGUCUCUUGCAGGAUUCAGUGGAGACAAUGGGUCAUGAUGAUGAUUUGUAGCAUAAAUCAGUAGAGCAACACAGAUCAACACCAAGUAAGGAUCUGACCUUUGAAAUUGUUCUAAGUGUCUGGUCAGCUGAAUAAAAGGGAAGAGAGGGGAAAAGAAUUAGAGAUCCAAGUAAUACAGCAAUCUUUGGGACACUUGCAGGACUGACAGUAGCUCCUGGAGUGAAGGAUUUCCCCUGGUUCUCUUUUUUCCCUUUAUCAUUCAAAUAUAAAAAAAGGUCAGUUCCACUGAUAAUACUGGAGAUUUCAGGCACGGAGUAUCUGAUGCAAUCGUGUUGCUGAAGUCACUUUAAGCUAGAUGCAUCGCCCUGCUGUACACAGUAGUCUGCACUGCUUGACUGGCCAGCUGGUGUUGGUUAGAAGCAGUACAGUGGGUUGGCUGCUGUAGGCUAACUUGUCUUUUUUCCUGGUUCCUAUUUAUUGCCCCUGCUGCUAUCAAGGAGUAGCUUGUGUACACACACACACUCUCCUCUUUUUGCCCUGCAGCACUGAAAUGUAGAUAAUCACUUCUAAUAUCAAUUCCAGAUUUUCUGUGCAAUUAGCAGACAAAUGCACCUGUGUCAUACAACAGCCGUGUUAGCCCCUGCCCCGACUGCAGAGGUAAAAUGCUUUUCCAACUCCAAUUGUUAUUACAGUGUUUUAGUGGAGGGAGGAGAUGAAGGAAUAGUUCCACCUGGCUUCCUUUUCUCCCAGUUGGAAAAUCCAGACCCAAGAAUAAAGCAAAAUAAUGUCAACUAAA